AUGUUAUUGUGCGAAGAAUCAGAACAUGAUCAAAGAGAGAUAAUAUUAGUUUGUUUUAAUAUGAAUUGCCAUUUGAAAAGGGCUUGUUGUUUAAAUUGUGUAGAAAAUCACAGCUAACAUAAACAAGAACUAUAAACUUUCAAAGAAAUUUCAAAGUGGAAAAAGGACUUAUUCUCAUGCUACCAAUCACAUGAGCAAAAGAUGAAUCAAUUUGUUGAUCAAAUAACAAAGGAAGAAAAAUAUUUAUCUUUAGAUCUUGAAAAAUCUAAAGAGGAAAUAACUAAUGAUGAGUUUGAAAAAUAUAUAUCUAAUUUAUUAAGCUUCUCAAAAAUGAUAUCACCUUUGAAUUAAAUAAUGUCAAAUCUAACAAAAUAAAUGGAAUCUAUGACUCAACUAUUUACAAAAGUUGAUAAUUAAGUUUAAGAUAGAGACAAUGAAAAAUAUUCAAUUUAGAAUUAAUAAAAUAAUUAAUUUAAAUAUAGAGGCUAAAAAUAACAAGAGUACUUAGAAAACUAAGGACAGUUUGGAAAUUAAGAGGAUAACCGAACAAAGUAAAAUAUGAAAAAGUAUAAAUAUAAUGAUUUGAUUUAAAAAACUUAUAAAUUAAGGAAGGAGAAUGACUUUGAUGUUCAUCAAUACCCAAUCUAUUAUAAAUCAUCUAUUGAGAAUUUACAAUAAUACAAAACCAUAAUACUAGUUGGAACUUUAACUUCAAAAAAAUAAGAAUUAAUAAACUUAUUCUUAAAUUAUUAUUUAGAAGUUGAAUUUUCAGACCCUUAUAGAUUUGAAAUAUUUGAUGAUGAUAUUGACUUAGUUAAAGAGGAUUAAAAUAAUGAAUAUGAAUAAAUGAAAGUAUAUUAUAUCACUCCUUAAUAUGGUAAAUCAGGACUUAGAAUUAUAAAUACACCAGAUUACAGUGAUGACCUCACUUUUAAUGAUCAACAAAUAUUUAAUAGAAUUUAUAAUGUUAUUUAAAAUUCAGUUUCACUAAACCAAAAUAUUCUAAUUAGUUUUGUAAUACCAUAAUAAGUUUAAAUAGGCUAGUUUUUUAUGUUAGAAUCUAUUUUAAGUAACUUUUCGAAUUGCUUAAUCAAUAAUAUUGUCUUUUUAUUUCCAGAUUGCUCAGAUGCUUGUCCUAAAUAGAAAGAUAUUUUAUAAUCUAGUACGGAAAUAAUUAAUGGAAUGCCUUCUCCUGUUAUCAAAAUGAUACCAACCAUGAAUAAUUCUUGGUAUCUAAAAUUUAAUACAAGUGCUUUAUUUAUGGAAUUUUAAACGUAAGAGAAUUAAUUCCUCUGGGAUAUGGGGAAAAAUAGUUUUGAGUAGAUUCUUGAAAAUUAUUUACAAAAUCAAUUAAACAUGAAUAAAUUUAAUUUGAUGAGGAAUUAUUAUAAUUAAUUCCUAAAUUAUCUCAGUACUUCUUUUAUUUAGAGCUAAUGGGAAUUCGCUGAUAUAAAAUAAGAACUGUAGAACUAAUUUCUAGAGUUGUACAAAAGAGAAACCUUUGGCAUACGCGAAUUCAACUUUAAUAUAGAAAAACGUGAAAACCAAAUCUAUUAAUAGAUUGAUAAGAAUAGCAAACAAUGGAACCAUUUAUGGAAUGAAUAUAUUUAUAAAAUAAAGAAUGGCGCAAAGAGUAGUAGUAUUAUAGAAAAGAUUCUUAAGGAACACGAACAAGAAUUAAAUGAAGUGUAAACUUAAAUAAACAGAUUUGAAACUCUAGUAGGGGAAAUAGAUCUAAAGACAUAUAAAAUUGGAUUUGAAAAGUUUUAUGAUCUCUUUUCAAGGUUCAUUAAUUCAAUAUAAGAACAUUUGUUAUAAGUUUAUAAUGAGAAGCGGUAAUAUUUGAAAUUUAACUCAUUGUUAAUUUCAUUAAAUCCUUUUUAAUCCAAAUAUUAUGAAUAGUUAAUUUUUAUUGAGACAAAUGUAAAAUAAGAAGGGUGGGAAGAAAGGGUAAAGGUGUUGACUUAAAAAUACAAUUUUUAUAUUUAUUCUGAUGACUACAUUAAGGGUUCAAAGUCACAAAAAAUAGAACAAAUUCUUUAAGAAUGGGCUCAGUAUCAAUUUCCAAGAUUGAAACGAUCAAGUUAUAGAUAUCAAAAAUCAGAUUGGAAAAUUUCAAUAGAUAGUUCUGAAUUUCAUUGCAAAUCAGAACAAAUAUUUUUUAAGGAGUUUAAAACAUAUAAGUGUGAUUAAUUGAUAGGACUUCGAAUAAGCGAUGAUGCAGAUAGGCAUUUUCUGAGUUAUAUUGAGAAUUUCAGAAUAUUAGGAAGCAUAAAUUGA